UUCUCUCGGGGAGGCGCAGGCCGACUCGCGGAGGCGGAGCUGGUGCAGGGUUUCUUCUACGGGACUCCCACUGCAUUUGGAUCUCGCCUCCUCUAUCCAUCUUUCUCACACGGAAUCCAUCGUGGUUACUUGCGGGGUUUCGAUUCGAUUCGGCGCGUACCGGAACCGGGAUUUCUUCUGCUGUGCUCUAGGCCGAGCGGCGUCGUCGUUUAUGGUAUCUUGUCCGCGGAGGCGUGUCUGCAAUGGCCGGGAAAGAGGACAAGACCGGAGAUUUCUACGAGGUUUUGGGGCUCAGGAAGGAGUGCUCCGAAGCUGAACUAAAGGGUGCCUACAAGAAGCUCGCAAUGAAAUGGCAUCCGGAUAAGUGCUCGGCGUCAGGGAACACCCAGAGCAUGGAAGAAGCUAAAGAAAAGUUUCAGGAGAUCCAUACGGCUUACUCUGUUCUCUCGGACACAAACAAGCGAUUUCUCUAUGAUGUCGGCGUCUACGACAAGGAUGAUCACAAUGACGAAAAAGGGAUGGGGGACUUUCUUGGGGAGAUAACCCAGAUUAUGAACCAAACUAAACAUGUAGAGGGUGAUCACGAUAGCUUUGAGAAGCUGCAGCAGAUGUUCGUGGAGAUGUUCCAGGGUGACCUGGAUUCCGGGUUUUGUGGCCCAUGGACUUGUUCAACUAAUGAUCAUUCUAGGUCAUCAUCGGGACCACAGUUUGGCAAUGGCGGGGGCAAUGGAGGCAACAAGCGGGGUAACUCUGACAUUAAUUCAGGAAAGGCAAAUUUGGAUGGAUUGGAAUAUGCUGGCUCUAGCUUCUCCGUUGGGUUGAGUGACGGAGGACAGUCAUCCAAAGGAAAAGGCACUUUUAAUCAUAAUAAUAGCAAGAGAAGGACAGGAAGAAAGCAAAAGGCUCAGUCUGCAUGGCUUCUACCACACAAAAUAUUUGUUGAUUCGGCCUUACUGUUUGGAGGAUUUGGUUAAAGUCUACAUCUGUGAAGGCAAGUUGCUAUUGCUUUCGUUUGCUAUUUCGGUUUAAGUCUCCAUCUGUGAAGAUAAGUAGUUCUUUUUUAUUAUUAUUAAAUCAUUAUCUAAGGAUUAAUAAAUUCUGAUAAUAAUGUUAUCUAUCAUUUACACUGGUUGGGCACUCACCAAUAUUGUAUAUAAAGAAUUUGAUGUGGUUGGUCACAAUCUUGAUUGCAAUGACCCACAAGGAUCUCUUCAGAUAUUCAAUUUUUGAGGAAUCAAUUAGACCACGGAAAUGGUGCCUAAACAGCUUGUCAGAACUUGUGGCAAAGGUGCUUUAUAUUUCUUUCUACACAGGACCACUGUACAGAAUGCAGCUGGGUUGCUCUGGCUCUACUCUCUGGCCCCUCAGCAAUUGAAAGAUCGACAGACGAACGGUCGGUCGAUUGGAACCAUGCAAAAAGGAUGCGCUUACCGGAACUGACGUUUGAACCCACAUUUGCUUUUUUGGAGCUGCUGGCUCACGUGGCCAAUUCUCCACCGGAGAAACUUCGAGGAUAUGGGGAGGUUGGAGGAAUUUUAAAAAGGGCCUUUUAUUAAAGCCUCUUUUCACCCUUUGCCCAACUCUAUUGGCCUAUAUAAAAUUCACUUGAUCGCCUGACUCGGAUGAGCUUAUGUUUUUUCUUCUGACUAGGACAAUCCAGAGUUUGAUUUAUUACCAACUUUUGCGUUUAUAUAUUACUCUAGCAGGACCUUAGCAACUCCCAUAGAGUAUUGAUAUUUUUUUUGUUUUGAUAAUUCAGGUUUUACUCAAUUGAUUUUAGAGGUAGACGGUCUUGUUUGUUUUUUUGUUCAUCUAUCGGAUAAAUUUGACUGCAUCUCAACUUAGGAAUUCAGAAUCUGAUGGAAGACGAUAAAUUUGACUGUUUACCACCCGUAGUCUCCCUUUGCAUCUCUUAACUUGGGAAUUCAGAAUCUGACGGAAGAGCAUAUCUGUGGAGGAAGAAGGGGAAUUUCCUCUUGAUUGCGACGAGGGGUCAAAAUAGAAGCUGUGGGCUCGUUAACCAUUAAAGAAGCAGUUGAAGGCUUGGCAGGUGGAAUAGGUCGCUCUGGAGGUGAAAUACCGCAGCUAACCUCGACAAUCUCAGAAGGUUUUGGUGUUAAAAGAUGCAUUGGCUGAACUCCUGGAACACAUGAACUUGACGAUAGAUUGACAGUGAUAUCUUCAUUCUGCACCAACAAAUAUGCCACUGAGCAAGCCAUGCCUUUCAGACUCAUUAAUCGACAAUUCUGGAUCCUCCUGAAUAAAAUUACAAGAAUUAAAUUGGUGGUUAAUCCAACACCUCCAUACCGAAGCCACUGGUUUGCCUUUUUCAUCCAUAACUUUUGAGAGUAACCAUCUCCUAUCAUCUAAUGGCUCAUGGCUGGACAAGUAGACCAGCCUAUGUGCUGAUAACGACGUUUUUUUUUAAUAAUUUUUUAUAGAUUUAAAAAAAUGAUGGUACUAGAACUUGUGUCUUUCAAAUGAGAACCGAACCGAUUAUCUUAA